CCCCAAACACAGUGCAGGAGCCGCAACACAGUGGGUUUUAGAGAGAGAGAGUGAGAGAGAGAGAGAGAUUGACGAUGCAGAAGUUAAAAGUCCUAUUACCAGUGAGGCGUUCGUUGCAGAGACAUAGCUUUCUCUGCCAUCACAGACAUGGCUUUUCCGCUCAACCCAGCUAUGCCCAAUACGAUGAUAUUCAAAACCAGGUUUUAGUUGAAGGAAGAGCUAAUUCAAGAGCUGCUAUUCUCAAUAGACCAUCUUCACUCAAUUCUCUCACUACUUCUAUGGCGGGUCGGUUAAAAAGACUAUAUGAGUCAUGGGAAGAAAACCCAGAUAUUGGUUCUGUGAUAAUGAAGGGUAAUGGGAGGGCUUUCUGUUCCGGCGCAGAUGUUGUUACCCUUUAUCAGUUGCUUAAUGAAGGGAAGGUUGAAGAAUGUAAAUUUUUUUUUCUCCAAAGAUUGUAUAAGUUCGUGUACCUUUUAGGAACAUAUCUGAAGCCACAUGUGAGAUUAAUUGUAUACGUUUCUCUUCCUGGAAUGUUCUGUGUGGUGACUGAUAAAACCGUCUUUGCUACUCCAGAAGCCCAAAUGGGUUUCCAUCCUGAUGCAGGGGCCUCCUACUAUCUCUCCCGUCUACCUGGUUAUUUAGGGGAAUACUUGGCUCUAACAGGGGAAAAACUUAAUGGAGUGGAAAUGAUUGCCUGUGGCCUUGCUACACAUUAUUCACUGAAUGCAAGACUUGCUUCGGUUGAAGAACGCCUCGGUAAAUUGAUCACAGAUGAUCCUUCUGUCAUUGAAGAUUCUCUUGCACAAUAUGGUGACCUUGUCUACCCCAAUAAGAGGAGUAUUCUCCAUAAGAUUGAAGCAGUUGAUAAAUGUUUCAGCCAAGAUACUGUUGAAGAAAUUAUUGAUGCGCUGGAAAAUGAGGCGGCAGAGUCUUAUGAUGAAUGGAGUACAACAGCCCUUAAGAAACUGAAAGAGGCAUCCCCGUUGAGUUUAAAAGUCACUUUACAAUCUAUACGAGAAGGUAGGUUUCAAUCUCUGGACCGUUGUCUUGUUCGUGAGUAUUGUUUGUCCUUGAAUUGGAUCACCAAACAGGUCUCUAAUGAUUUCUGUGAGGGUGUUCGUGCACGACUGGUUGAUAAGGAUUUUGCUCCAAAGUGGGAGCCUUCAAGUUUAGGAGAAGUGACUAAGGACAUUGUUGACUACUAUUUCGCUCCCCUCGAUGAAUCUGAGCCUGAAUUGGACUUGCCCACAGCAUUGAGAGAACCGUCUGUUUAGAGUUCCCACCAUAUUUUCCACAAGGGGAACUGUUAAAUUUUGGAAUUGUCAUAGGCAUGGGCGGAGCUUUGCAUAGAAUAGUGGGUUCAAUUGAAACCACUCAACUUUGAAUUAUUUUUUUAGAAUUAUGUAGUAUUAUAUAAAAUUUUUGGGAGGUUGUCAUAAAUUGACACUAUUAAAAUUGUUCAAAAAAAUAUAUAUAUCAAAAAAAAAAAAAAAGAGUUUAAAAAAUAA